AUGGUAUGUUAUUCAUACGGCCAACCAGGCCAUAUCCAGAGAGACUGUUUGGUAGCAAAGGGUAAUAUUGGUAGAGACAAGUCACAGGCUAAUUCUUCUGCACCACCACCACCUCAGAAGGGUGCCACUUUAGCCGCCGAAAACGGCCACAAUCAAUUGUAUGCCUUAACCUACCGCCAAGAGGUAGAGGCCUCACCGGAUAUAGUUACUGGUACGAAAGGGUUUAUUGUGUACUAUGAUGCGUCCCGCGUGGGGCUUGGGUGUGUACUUAUGCAGAACGGUAAGGUAGUGGAUUAUGCAUCCAGGCAGUUGAAGAGCUUCAGAGGGAGAAGAAAAACCACACCCCGAUUUCCAUGCUCGUCAAUACAGCAUUCAACGUCAAUAAUCCCUUCCCUUCCCCACGAAAUCGCAGUGGAAGUACUCUCAAAGCUGCCAGUGAAAUCACUAUUACAAUUGAGAUGCGUUUCAAAAUCAUGGCUCGCUUUAAUCUCCUGCUCCGAAUUCGUAAAAAUCCAUCUUCAAUCAUCAGCCAACGACAAAGAAUACAACCAUGUUAUUAUAGACUUGAUAUGCAUUCUCAAAGACUGUUCUCUCCGUUCCAUAUUUUACGACCCGGUUACCGAGGCAUCUGAAAUCGAUUAUCCCAUGAAAAAUUGUGUAAUAUCAGGUGGUGUGAUUCUGUCAAUGGGGAUUUGUUUGGCCGGUACGGAGAAAUUUGUCGGACCGGUUAGGAAUGACAAGAAAUGGCCUAGUUCAGGAGUUAAGUUAUGUAUUUGGAACCGUCGAUUAGGAAGUGGAAGAAAUUGCCUGAAUCGAGAGUUAUGUCCAGGGUAUAUGGUAGAGCAACCCGAUUAUGGAAAAGGCAAAUUUGAUUUGAUGUUGGGAGUUUUGGGAAGUGAUUUUGACAUACUAAGUAACUAUGAGAGAAGUCAUUCCGAUGUGUGGGUUAUGAAGGAUAAUGGAGUCAAAGCAUCUAGGACAAAGAUGUUCAACAUCAAUUGUCCUGAUUAUGAUGGGAAUUAUGACUAUUAUCCGCCUUAUUGCACAUCGUUUUCUCCAUUCUUUUUCCAAUGGGUGAAAUUUUACUUUUUUAUCGGUCAGUUUUCAUGAUAUACAAUCCAAAGGAUGAUUCACUCAGACAACCAAAAGUUACUGAACUUAAGUGGUGUUUUACGCCGGAAAUCUUUGUUGAAAGCCUUGCUAAUCCUCUUAUUGAUAGCUGACCAACGACAUGAUAACCAUAAAGACUGAAAAUCAUGCCAUCAAUAACUUCACUCUUUAAAGGAUUAGAAUUGGCACAUCAACGGCGACUCGUACCCCUGCAAAUUAACAUUGACGCCUCAGAGGUUAUCCAUAGCCUUUCAACUAUAAACUCUGCUAACAAAUUUAUUUCAUGACUGCACGUCAUUGUUCAGCUGCUUGAAUAAUCCAGCAGUAACAAAUGUAUUCAGGGAGCAGAACCGAGUAGUGGAUAGGCUGGCAAAACAUGGGAGGCUAUGACACUUCACUCUUUCGAUGUCUCUUGGGGCACCUACUUUCGUCACAAAGAUGAUCUGGGAAGAUGCAGAAGACAAGUUUCUUCUUUCAAAUCGAAAGGCACAUGGAUGCACCAGCAUCCCCUCUCUACCCUUCUUUUGUUGUACAUCAUCUGAUGUAGCCCCUCAUGUUAACACUUUUUGUAAUGCCUUUCCUAGUAGUCACUUGUUUUCCAUUCCUUUUGUAAUGACCCUAUCAUGAGCCAGCCAGCUGGGGUUUUAGCACCAGCUAAUGUUGUAACUAUGCCAGCAAUGGCUCCAUGUACCUAUGUUUAGUUUUUAAUAUAAGCUUCCUUUGCACCAAAAAAGUUCUUGUGCGUUGAUAAUCAAAAAAGAUGUCAAAGGUGAGCAUUUCGGUGA